AUGUGGGCAGCGCACCAAGGUCGUGGCUCCUUGUGCCGGCUGCUGCUGAGCCACGGCGCAGACACCACGUUGAAAAACUGUUCUGGGCAGACGGCAGCUUUGCAAGCGCACUACGGAGGCUUCCGGCAGAUCAAAGAAAUGCUAGAAAGUCGUGAUGCUGCACCCACAAAACGCGAGCACGACAGAGCUGCGCGUGAUGCCGAAGCCCGGCGGGAGGCCAACUUGGCGGCUGUGGCAGCCUCGUUGAAGGAAGAGGCGGAACGAAAGGAGGAGGAAGCCUUUUGGGCGCAAGUACGUGCUCGGCGAGACCUACCAUUUGAUGGGGACAGUGACAUGUUCAGGAAGUUUGCUGCAGCCAGUGCACGACGAUCUGCACAGGAGGCUGCUGGAACACGGCCAUCACUGCCACCUCAGAUUCGACAGCAUUACCGUCUUCUGGAAAUAGAAGUUGAUGCGACAGAGAUUGACGUUCGCAGGGCAUACCGGAAGCUGGCAUUGAAGCAUCAUCCCGACAAGAACCCGGAGCACCAAGUCAGUGCCAAGCAACGCUUCGCAGAGGUGGCAAAGGCCUAUGAGGCAGUCUGCGGAUACCUGGAGGCCAGUGAGCGGAAGAUGAACGACCUCUCCUCCGAGGUGUGGGGAAGUCUUCGGUUCUACUCGCCGAAUCCAGGCAAGAACUGCGUGUCGGUCUUGGACGAAGGCGGUAGCUUUCUGCUGCUAGAUGGCGACCACUUUGGCAAUGUCUCGCCAGGUUUGUCUCGUGGCAGCAUGCUGGCCACAUUAAGGCAUUGUGCCCUAUCGCAGCAGAGCUUCAGAGAAGAGGCCGAGAGGCCCUUGCCAUGGACAUGGGAUGAGGAGCUGCAAUUUCGCCAGGCUUUGUGGGACCCUGCACCGCCGCCAGCAGAGGCGCAGUCAGCUACGCGCAAGGGGGAGCUCUCUGAGCGUUACUUCUUUGGAAGUCAGCACAGUCUGUUGCAAGGCUUAAAUCAGACACUGCAUCGUCUCCCCAAGGAGCAGUGGCCAGGCCUUCUGGCAAUCGACGUUUCUUCGGUGGGUGCAAUGGAUUUGGCCGAAAAGCUGUCUCUGCGCUUUGCAGUGGUCUCCUCCUGGCCGGUGGGGCCCACCCUUCAGUCCGUCGAGCCCAGUGCAGGAACUUUCUGUUGGCUUCCUUCAGAGCUCUUCGCAUUCACACAGACCAUCGACCAGCAGUCCUUUGCGGACCGGCUGAAGCGCUACCUCUUUGGUUGGAUCAUUCCGCUUUUCAUGUCCUGGGCCGGCUUUCACGAACCAAGGCAAGAGCUGCGACGGUCCAUAGGCCUUGGCAGAUUAGAGUUGCUGGAAGCGCCCCAGACAGCUGCAAACGGAGGCCAUCCCUUACUGUGCAUCCUUUCCCAUUGGGGUCUCGACCGGCCACGGCCGCUACCACCAAGAGCCCUUUUGGUGGGGUCAGUGGAGGACUACUCGGCCAAGGCAAUAGAUGCGCCAUUGCUGACAAGGCCUGUGCAAGACUGGCUGGGCAGUGCAACGCAGAUUGUCUAUAUCUCCUUCGGCACAAAUGUGCGCCCAAGACAACAGGUGUUUCAGGCCAUCUUGGCAAGCGCUUCCCGCAUGAAGGAUGUCAGGUUCCUGUGGGAUACUUCAGAGGAGGAGGUCCAGGCCGUCUUGUCAGAUGGUGACGCGCAUGCCAUGGCACUGCCAGAGAACGUGCUUGCAGCACGCGUGCCGCAGAUCAGCGUGCUGAGCAGCGGCCGGAUCGAAGCUUUUGUUACGCAUUGCGGAUUCAACUCUGUGCAUGAGGCCCUACAUUUUGGCGUGCCCAUGCUUGGCCUUCCAUUCGUGGGUGACCAGAUGGUCACAGCAAGGCUACUGACCGAGAUCGGGGCAGGCCUACGGUUGUCGGUUCCCGCUUUGGAGGAGCAGCAGGUUGCCGAGGCACUCCAGCAGCUUUUGGCCGACAAGGCCUUUGCAAGAAGAGCGGCGCAUGCAGGGCGCAUUGGUAGCCAUGCAGGCGGAGCGCGCGCUGCUGCUGACGCUCUGGAGACAGCACUGUUGGGUGUUGAGCAUUUGCAGAUGCUCGUGGACAAGAAUCCGCAGGCAGCUAGACUUUGGGACGUGCAGCUUGCGCUGGCACUGCCAGCCCUGUUGAUGCUAGGCUACCUGGCGAAGGCCCUGCGGCUUGCGCCACCCGGCGAUCCCGAAGCAGGAGCUGAACUUGCAGAGCUUGCAGAUCCUGCGCCAGCCAAGCCGACUGUGACAAAGGCCACAAGGAAGAAACGAAGCUGA